CCCUCAAUCCCCCUCCACACCAUCAAUCCUGCUCCACACCAUCAAUCCUGCUCCACACCAUCAAUCCUGCUCCACACCAUCAAUCCUGAAGCCUGAACACUGAACAGCACCAUGGCUACCCUCCCCCUCUUCGAGCACACUCCCCUGGAGGACAUUCCAGCUAUCGUCAAUGGCAUCCGUGCGACUUUCCGGGCGCACAAGAGCAGGCCGCUCGAGUACCGUCGUGUCCAGCUACGCAAGCUAUACUGGGGCUUGCAUGAUAACCAAGACAUCAUCGUCGAAGCGUGCAAACGCGACAUCGGGAAGUCGAGCUUCGAGACCCACCUUACCGAGCUCGGCAUGGUCAUGAACGACAUCAUAUACCUCGCAGACAACCUGGAGAAGUUUGCAAAGGACGAGCCGGCGGAGGAUGUUGCGCUUGCUAAUAAGUUGUUUGGUCCUAAGAUUCGGAAAGACCCGCUCGGAACAGUCUUGGUCAUUGGAGCAUACAACUUCCCCAUCCAGCUCUCCCUCGGACCUUUGAUAGGAGCUAUAUCUGCUGGAUGUACCGCCGUGCUGAAACCCUCUGAAGCUGCGCCCAAUGCCGCUGCUGUCAUGCAAAAAAUCAUUGCCGAACAUCUCGAUCCGACCGCCUAUACUGUCAUCCAGGGUGCUAUUCCAGAAACUACGGCAUUGCUUGAUCAGAGAUGGGAUAAGAUAUUCUACACCGGCUCCGCCAAUGUCGGCACCAUCAUCGCGAAGAAGGCAGCUGAGACGCUAACACCAGUGGCGUUGGAACUUGGUGGCAAGAAUCCAGCUAUAAUAUCGAAAAAUGCGGACCCUAGGCUUGCUGCGCGACGACUAUUGUGGAACAAGAUUCUGAACGCCGGCCAGGUCUGCGUAUCACAGAAUUACAUCCUAAUCGACAAAGAGAUCCUACCGGCUUUCAUAAAGGAGAUCAAGAUUGCGCUGAAAGAAUUCUACCCCAACGGCGCACAAAACUCCCCAGACUACGGCAAGAUUGUGAACACGAGGCAGUUCACCCGACUAAAGAAGAUGCUCGACGAGACCUCAGGAAAGAUCCUCCUCGGCGGAACCAUGUCCGAAAAAGAUCUAUUCCUCGAGCCCACAGUCGUGCAAGUCGACAGCCUAACAGACAGCCUAGUCGUAGACGAAAGCUUCGGCCCCCUCAUCCCCGUUUUCGCCGUCACAGAUCUUGACGAGGCGAUCCAGAUCGCGAACGAAGUCGACGGCACCCCCCUGGCCAUCUACCCCUUCGGCAACAGCAAAGAGACCGAAAAAGUCCUCUCCCAAGUCCGUUCCGGUGGUGCCGGCGUGAACGACGGCUGCUUCCACCUCUCCAUCCCCACGCUCCCCUUCGGCGGCGUCGGCGGCUCUGGCACCGGCGCCUACCACGGCCGCGCCUCGUUCGAAACCUUCACGCACCGCCGCAGCAUCACCACCACGCCCGGCUGGGUGGAGGGCCUGCUGGCCAUCCGGUACCCGCCGUACUCGCUCGCCAAGCAGAAAAAGGCCGCGGGCAUGAACGCGCGCAAGCCGAAUUUCGACCGCCAGGGGAAGCGGAUUGGGUGGCUCAAGUGGCUGGUGGGCGGUGCGACAGGUAAGCCCGGGUUGGGGUUGGCGGUGCUGAUUUUUGCUGUUUCUGUGAGGCUGUAUUUGCAGAGGCGGUCGAAACUGUGAGGGGAUGAGCUGGACGCAUGAAAAGGAAUCAAAAAAGCGACGUUUUGGUUGUGAUAUUGUAGGAUGUUACCGACAGCAGGCCUUGCUCGCAGGGGAUUUACAUACCGAUACUCCUCAGGGUUAGUCAUUGUGGAUGUUUAUCGAGUUAGUGUAUACUAUAAAUUGACAAGUCCAGUAAUCUUUUGAGAAUUCCAGAGAUCUCUAGACAAUUCAUCUAAACUACAC